AUGUCCACCACAAUUUCCCUAGCCAAGACCCAAACUACCCGUUCAACUCUUAUCCAGGCAAUCUCGACAGCCGCCCAAAUAUCUAGAGUUGACUCUGCAAUAUGGGCUUUUCUCUGGACGGCGGAUAUUCCAAACCUCGAAGCCAUGUUGGAUAAUGCCAAAUCGAAUCCCCGGGUGGUGUACCGACAGCUAGUCAAUUGCCAUCAGGCUAGGGACGCAAUCAGGAAAUGGAUGGUCAGGACUCAAUUCCCUAGCAAUGAACAGCAUCGAGUCCAUAGGCUGAAGGAGAAAAACUCGAGAUCGAGUUCGAUGUCGAUGACAAAAGAAAGAUCCGCCAAUCUAGACUCUGUCCUCUCCUGGAACGCGGCCCUCUGCAAGACACGAGACGGGAACAAAUGCGUCAUCACGAAGGCAAACGCAUACCUGCACACCAAUCCUAGUGACACCGGUAAUGAUAGCGACGUCAAAGUCACACAUCUCGCCCCCAUCUCGCUUGAAGGCGGAAAAUGCAUCAAAAACGCGCCGUUCUGGAACACUCUGCGCCUCUUCUUCUCCGACAGAAAGGUUAACAGCUGGAUCACCGCGACAAGAGUCAUGACGGACACGAGCAAUAUGAUUUGCCUCUCUGCAGGUGCUGCACAGGCGCUGGCGACUGCUAGAUACGCACUGAAACCGAGGAGCCUCAAUACAAACCGAACGGAAAUGGAGACGGAGUUCUUCGCAUUGCCGGGUGGCUACCAUAGCAGCAAAAGGGAUAUUAUGGCAAAGCCUCUCUUUGAUGCAGCGGGGACGAAGGGUGAGGAUGUAUAUGUGGGCGUCCGUCUUAUAACUCAGAACCCGAGAGUCUAUGAGCUGCCGUCAUGGGAGAUCCUAGAGCUGGCAUGGCAUAUGAACCGGGUCGCAGCGCUCUCUGGAAUUGGUAAUGGGAAUAGCCCUCAGACGGAGCGGAGGAUCGUAUCGGUGAUGAGGAGGAUCCGGGGUCUGUCUGUGCCAGCAGCCAUGCAGGUGGAGAGGAAGUGUGCUCGGCGCAGAAUGCUCGCCUUUAGUUUAGGUGAUGUUCGUCAGGAUUCGACGAUGAAAUUCUAA